AUGACAACACAAAACCAAGCAUCGUUAUAUGUUUCAGAAAAAAUUGUUCAAAAUGUUAAAACAAUAACAUUUAUUCGUUCUUCGAUGUCAGCAAUUACUGGUUCGGCAGCAGGAAUCUUGGGUUUGACUGGAUAUUAUGGAUUUAUAUUUUAUGGAAUCACUUCUUUAUUUACAUCUUUUCUUAUUUGGGCAGCUAAAGCACAAGCGAAACCAAGUUUAUAUUUUCGUAAUGGAUUAGAUGUAUGGACGGAAGGAAUAUUUGGUGGAUUAUUUUCCUAUGUGCUAUUCUGGACUUUAUUAUAUGGUAUCGUGCACGUUUAUGAUUAA